AUGUCUCUAAUUCCGAGCUUUCUUGGUGGCCGAAGAACAAACGUGUUCGACCCGUUCUCGCUUGACGUAUGGGAUCCGUUCGAAGGAUUCUUGACACCUUCGGGAUUGGCAAACGCGCCAGCUAAAGACGUGGCAGCGUUCACAAACGCGAAAGUGGACUGGAGGGAAACACCCGAGGCGCACGUGUUCAAGGCGGACCUGCCGGGGCUGAAGAAGGAAGAAGUUAAGGUGGAGGUUGAAGAUGGCAACAUACUUCAGAUAAGCGGAGAGAGAAGCAGCGAGAAUGAAGAGAAGAGUGACAAGUGGCACCGUGUGGAGAGAUCGAGUGGCAAGUUCAUGAGGAGGUUUAGGCUCCCGGAGAAUGCGAAGAUGGAAGAAGUGAAGGCGAGUAUGGAGAAUGGUGUAUUGUCGGUUACGGUGCCCAAGGAGCAGGAGAAGAAGCCUGAGGUUAAGUCUAUUGACAUCUCUGGUUAA